UCUAUAAACGAUUACAUGUGUCUCAAUGUUAGGCGUUUCACAUUCUAAUUUCGGUCAGUUUGUUCGUAAAUUAAAUUAAAACAAACCAGAAAUAACAAGUUACACGAUGUACUUUAAUUAAGUAGAUUCUACAUCACCUGAUACAUUUGAAGUGGCCUGAUGAUCCCGGGGUUAUAAAACGCGCUACUGAUUACUAUUCUUUGUACUUCAAUUUGUUAUUGUGCUCUGAAGUUUAAAGGCAGCUAAAAUAUGGAUUUCUUCACAAAGUUAAUGUUUGGGAUUUAUUUGUUUUUUGUUGUUCAUGGUAGACCAGACAUGAUCGAAGAAGAAAUCUUAGAUGAAAUUUUAUACAACUAUAACAAGCUAGCCAGACCAGCAACUACUGAACAUCCAACAGUGAAGGUAGAACAUGGAGUGAACCUGAUUAAAAUAGAGGAAUGCGAUGGUAAAACAUUAAAGGCAAUGACAUGGCUUCCAAUAGCCUGGACAGAUCCUCGUCUGAAAUGGUCCUUAGACUUUUAUGACCUUGAUGCACUUACUCUUCCGUCAGACUUAUUGUGGACGCCAGAUAUCGUUCUAUACAACAGCCCUUCAUCACAUGCUGGUAAUGCUUACAAUCCGCGCGUUUACAUCUUCAACAGUGGAUCCCUGUCCUGGUAUCCGCCCACUACCAUAACUACUAAUUGUGAAAGGAGCGAAAUUGAUGACUCUAUCAUAUUUUGCCUCAUGCGAUUUGGUUCUUGGUCAUAUCAUGGUAAGGCACUAGACAUUGUACUAUCCUCAGACUUUGUUGACACUGAAGAUUAUAUUGAACAUCCUGAAUGGGAAUAUGUGAAUUCCACAGCAUAUAGAGCAGUACAGAAGUAUGCAUGUUGUCCCGAAGCAUAUCCAUAUGUUAUGUAUAAUAUAACAUUACGCAGGCGUGACAAUUCUCAGUCAUACAAUGAAGAAACCAAUCUUCCCCAUUCUAUCAAUGGCGUCAUUGAAAGUGGGGAGACAAAAUACAAUGAUAAUUCCGACACAGCAGUACUGGAUAAAGACAGUAACACAUAUCAGACAAAUAAUACCAUUAGUGGAAAAGAAACUGAUACGGGCAAAACAGACUCGGGAGGAAAGUGAUAGUGCAACAAAAACAAUUGAUGAAAAACCAAUAAAAACAAAAUAUUAAGUUCAGUCUUCAUACCGGUGCAGUGUGUUUCUACGUUUUUCUAAUUUAGAUAAGCUCUUGAAUUUGUACAUAUGUCAUCCAUCAAUGAAAGUGAUUUUUUUUCGGAAUAACUGUUUUUGCCAUACUUCGAAAUUUGCAUAAUGUAUAUCUAUAAAUUAUUAUUUAUAAUGCAUAUUUGUUGUUUAACCUU